AUGUCCGAGUCCGAGCCCCUCCUCCCUUCGCCCAACGGCAACGGCGGCGCGCCCCACCCGCGCCGCCAGCGCAGCAGCUCCCUCUCCACGAUGACGAACGCGAUGCGGAAGCUCCGCGCGCGCAAGCCGAAGAAGACGCUCCCAUACGCUCUCCUGCUCUUGCUCGGCGUCCUGAUCGGUGCCGGCGGCAUGUACGGGUUUCACAAGCUGCGCCCGCACAAGCACGAGAAGCCGCCCAUGGUGCCCCCGAUAUACAAGCUGCCUCCGCCGACCGGCCUGCCGAGGAAUCCGCCCUCGCUCGCGGGGCCCGGAAACGCCUCAGUGGCGUCCGAAGACGCGACGUGUUCCAACAUGGGUCUCGAGAUUCUGCGGAAGCACAACGGAACCGCUGUCGACGCGGCGAUCACCACGACGCUGUGCAUUGGUCUCAUGAACGCGUUCUCGUCCGGAAUUGGCGGCGGCGGCUUCGCGCUGCUCUCUGUCCCGGAGGGACUUGGCUCUGAGCACGCCUGGCGCGACCUCGCUGACGUCGAGUACAUGUCUCUGACGCAGCCCGAUUAUGGCAGCCUCAAGUCGAAGCGGCCGAAAGCUAUCGCUGUCGACUUCCGCGAGACGGCCCCUGCCGCAGCGACCGAGGACAUGUACAGCAAGCUGGGCCGCGAUGCGAGCCAGGUCGGCGGUCUCGCUGUUGGUGUUCCGGGCGAGAUGCGUGGCCUUGAGGCAGCGCACAAGCUCUACGGUCAAGUACCCUGGGAGAAGCUUUUCGAGCCGAUUAUCAAGCAGGCGAGGCAGGGCUGGCAAGUGUCGCGCGAGCUUGCGCGCAGGAUUCGCUACUUUGGCGCCUUCAUGCUCGACGACCCCGUCUGGGCCGCCGUGUACUCGCGCAACGGCAUGUUGCUCGUGGAAGGAGACUGGGUCUUCCGCCCCACGUACGCGGACACCUUGGAGCAGAUUGCGAAGCACGGCGCUGCUGCGUUCUACUCGGGAUCGAUCGCCGACGACGUCGUCAAGACGGUCAAGAAGCAUGGCGGCAUCAUGACGCACGACGACCUGAAGGGCUACAGGGCCCGCGUGUAUCCUGCCAUCUCGUCCUCCUUCCUCGGCCACGAGGUGUACUCCGCCGACGCUCCGGCGUCUGGCGGUGUUCUCCUUGGCAUGCUGAACAUUUUGGAGCCAUUCGUGCAGAAGUGGGCGAAGAAGGGCAAGUGCUGGGGUGCAGAGGAGAGCCACGUCACGAUCGAGGCCAUGAAGCACGCCUUUGGCGCCAGGAGCGAGGUGUGCGAUCCCACUUUCGCCAAGAAUCUGACCCGUCUUGCCGAGUUCAGGACAAAGGCUUGGGCGGCUGGCCGUCGAGCUCUCAUCGACGACAGGACGCACAAGCCUGAGCAUUAUGGGUUGGUGACGGAAACGCCCUCCGACCAUGGCACGACGCACCUCAGUGUCGUCGACCAGUGGGGCGGCGCCGCCAGCGUGACGAGCACGAUCAACCUGAUCUGGGGCAGUCAUCUCAUGACGCCAGGCGGCAUCAUCCUCAACGACGAGCAGGAUGACUACUCCGUCCCCGGAUCGAGUGAUGCGUUCGGUCUUCCCCCGAGUCCGCACAACUACCCUGCGCCGGGUAAGCGGCCCCUGUCGUCUACGGCACCUACCAUUGUCUUUACGGACGGCAAGGUCAGCGCCGUACUCGGCGGCAGUGGCGGAAGUCGCAUCUUCCCCUCCGUUGCGCAAGUCAUGCUGAACUUGGAGUGCGGACUGAACAUUUCCGCCGCGAUCGAGCGGGAGAGGCUGCACGAUCAGAUUCUGCCGAACAUCACGACGCUGGAGGUCGGUCCCGAUGGCGUGGACAAGAGCUGGCUCCAGGACCUGAAGAACCGUGGCCACAACAUCGGCCAGUUCGACAUCAACGUGGGAAGUAGCGAGGUGCAGGCGGUUGUGGUGCGGAAGGGCGAGGUCUGGGGCAGCUCGGACAGCAGGAAGAAUGGUAUCGCUGCGGCCUACUAA